AAAGUAAAAAGUAGCUUCCUCUGUUUCUGCUUCACACUCUCUCUCUCUCAUAGCCAUAGCCAUAGCCGGAACCACUCUUCUCUCAGAAGCCAAAACGAAAAGUAGUCAUAAGAAGGAAAAGAAAAACCCAAUAUUCACAUUCACCUAUUGCUUCUCUUCCAAGCCUAAUCUCUCUUUCUCUCUCUAUAUAUAUAACCCUUUUAUCUAUUUGAUGCUGAUUUUUGUUCCGCCAUUGAAAGUUGAACACUUUAAGCUUGGUUUCUUCAAUGGCGAGGCGAAAGACCGCUGUUCCUCUCUUUCUGCUUUGUUUUCUUCACAUUCACUUUAUUCUGAUUCUGAACGUGCAUGCCAUUUUGGACCCAAUUGAUUUCUUAGCUCUUCAAUCCAUUCGGAAGAGUCUCCAAGACAUGCCAGGUUCAACCUUUUUCUCCGAUUGGGACUUCACUUCCGAUCCCUGCAACUUCUCCGGCGUGUUCUGUGAUUCGGACAGGGUUGUUUCUCUUAACCUUGGCGACCCGAGAGCCGGCUCGCCCGGUCUUACCGGUCGGAUAGACCGGGCGAUUGGGAAACUCUCUUCGCUUGCCGAGUUUACUGUCGUUCCGGGGAGAAUCUACGGUAGAUUGCCGGAGUCAAUUUCCGAUUUGAAGAACUUGAGGUUCCUUGGAAUCAGCCGGAAUUUCAUCUCCGGCGAGAUUCCGUCAGGGUUGGGUGGUCUCCGGCUGUUAAGGACCGUUGAUCUCAGCUUUAACCAGCUCGCCGGAGUAAUUCCUCCGGCGAUCGGAUCUUUGCCGGAGCUUACUAACCUCAUGCUCUGCCACAACAAGCUAACCGGUUCAACUCCGCGGUUCGAGUCGAAAACCCUAUCCCGGGUUGAUUUGAAGCACAAUGCUCUAUCCGGUUCGCUUGGACCAAACCACUUUCCACCUUCUAUGCUGUAUUUGUCACUGGCGUGGAACCAGUUGACCGGUCCGGUGGACCAGCUUCUGAACCGGUUGGAUCAGCUUAAUUACCUUGACCUGAGCCUGAACCGGUUCACGGGGCCAAUCCCCGGAAGGAUCUUCUCGUUCCCUUUAACGAACCUACAAUUGGAGAGGAACCAGUUCUCUGGUCCGGUUAGGCCAUUGGAUCAGGUCUCAAUUGCAACGGUUGAUCUAAGCUACAACCGAUUUUAUGGUCAAAUAUCGCCGAUGCUCGCAUCGGUUCAGAACCUAUACUUGAACAAUAACCGGUUCACGGGGCGAGUUCCUGCUAGCUUCGUGAACCGGUUGUUGGACUCAAGCAUUCAGAUACUGUAUUUGCAGCAUAACUACCUGACUGGAAUUGAGAUUAGUCCAACGGCCGUGAUUCCUCUAAGGAGUUCACUGUGUCUUCAGUAUAAUUGCAUGGUCCCUCCCGUAGAGACUCCAUGCCCCUUGAGGGCUGGGAAAGAGAAGACAAGGCCUAUUGCUCAGUGUAACCAAUUGAAAGGAUGAACAAGAAUGAAGUUCAUGAAUUAAAUCAAAUCCAUCCUCAUCAAGAUUUGGAGCAAUCUUGCAAUGAAAAUCUCUCAUAUAGGUUUUUGUUUUCCUUUUUUGUUUCAUAAUAAUUAUUAAUUUUAAUCUUUUUGUUUCUAAUGUUCAUUUUUUUCCCUUGCUUUUUGAUUCAUUAUUAUUUAAUUUUGUGGUAGUUAUGGGGAAUAUAUAGGAUGAAUAAGAUUAAGAUGGCUGUGAAUAGUUAGAAAAGUGUAGCUAUUUUGGUGGAGUAUAUAUAUAUAUAUUAUGAUGCAAUAGGCAGAACAAAGCAAAAUUAUUAUGUUAGUGCUUAACCUUUUUUGCUUUCUUUCUUCUUUUUUUUUUUUUAAUCUUGAUCUAUGUAGUUAGUUUGAAACUUAAUAUGCCAUG